AUGAGUGCAACUGAAACGACCCUCGCAGUGGAAUACGAGCUGUCGUCACGACGGCAUUCUCCAAAUUACAAUGGAACAACUCAGCAGGAUCAGGAGGUUGAAAGAGGGCUCUCGCAAUUCGAAUUGUCGCAGCCUUAUUCCCGAGUUCAAGAUGAAACGAAUGAGCCUGUCACGCAAGAGUUGAAACCCGUUGACCGCGGUCGAGAUGCCUGGUGCACUCUUCUCGGGGCCUUUGCUUUCGACGCCUUGUUUUGGGGUUUUCCCGGCUGUUUUGGUGUCUUUCAGCGAUACUAUUCCACCGUGCCCGAGUUCAAAGACGAUGCUGUCCGGAUCCCCGUCGUUGGGGUCUUAGCAACCGGAUUCUACUACUUUGGAUCUCCAUUUUCCGCAAUGUUAGCAAGGAAGUUUCCCAAGUAUCAGCGUCAUCAAAUUUACCUCGGAUGGGUUCUCAGCAUCACAGGUCUCUUGACCGCCUCCUUCACAUCGUCCGUCAGCGGCCUCAUCGCCACGCAAGGGGCUCUCUACGGCAUCGGCUUCGUGCUCAUCUCCAUGCCCAUCGUCAGCAUGGUGAACGAGUGGUGGGUGGCGCGAAAGGGCAUGGCGUUUGGUCUGAUAUCUGCAUCGUCGGGCGCAACGGGAGCUGUUUUGCCUUUUAUUCUUGAUGCUCUCCUCAGACGAUAUGGAUAUAAAGUCACGCUGCGGGCUUGCGCGGUGGCCAUGACCGUGUUGACUGCGCCGUUACUGCCGCUUUUCAAAGCUAGGUUGCCAGCCUCGGAUCAGGCUAACCUGGCGAGGAUUAACUGGGACUUUUUGAAGCAGCCUCUCUUUUGGAUAUACGGCUCAGCGGUCUUGGUUCAAGGAGUUGGCUUCUUCUUCCCCGUCGUCUUCUUGCCCUCUUACGCCUCCAUCUUUGACAUUUCCUCCACCAAUGGCGCCUUGCUGGUAUCUCUUAUGUCCAUUGCACAGGUCCUCGGGCAAUUUGCAUUUGGUUACCUCUCAGACAAGAAUCUUCACGUGGGCUUGUUAAUGACGAUAUGCUGCGCAUUUGCUGCAACCGCAUCCUUCACAUUCUGGGGCCUGGCAAAGUCGCUCCCUCUUCUCGCUGUCUUCAGCUUCAUUUACGGCUUCUUUGCUUUCGGAUUCGGCACUAUGCGCGUGGCAAUGGGUCGGGCCGUCAGCGAUGAUCCAUCGACCGUGUUUGCUACCUAUGCGAUAUUCGUCUUUUUAAUGGGCGUGGGGAAUAUCUUGGUUGGGCCGCUGAGUGCGGCGUUGAUGGCGCCGAGAGAGACUGUGCAAGAGCAUUUUGCGGGCAACAAGUAUGAGCCCAUGGUCAUUUUAACGGGAGCGACGUCUUUGUUUGCUGCUGUUAUUGUUUUGGUCUGGCAUGGCUAUAAGAGUCUGCCAAAGAGCGAAUGA